AUGAUGAAAAUGAAAACAAAAAACCUAACACAUGUUUCAGAAUUCUAUCUUCUGAGAGUCUCUGAUGAUCCAGAACUGCAGCCCAUUCUCUGUGGGUUGCUCUUGUCCAUGUACCUGAUAUCAGUCCUUGGAAACCUGCUCAUCACCCUGACUGUCAGCUCUGACUCCCAUCUCCAUACUCCCAUGUACUUCUUUCUCUCCAUUCUGUCCUUGGCUGACAUUGGCUUCAUUUCCACCACAGUCCCCAACAUGGUUGUGGACCUUCAAAUCCACAGUCCAGUCAUAUCCUAUGUGGGCUGCCUGACUCAGAUGUCUCUUUGUGUCUUUUUUGCAUGUAUGGAUAAUCUGUUUCUGACUGUGACGGCAUAUGACAGGUUUGUGGCCAUCUGCCACCCCCUGUAUUACACAGUAAUUAUAAACCCUUGUCGCUGUGGCAUCUUAGUUUUAGUGUCAUUUUCAAGUAGUCUUUUUGACUCCCUGUUUCACAGUUUUGUUGCCUUACAACUUAAAUGUUUCAAAGAUGUGGAAAUUGCUAAGUCCUUCUGUCACCCUUCUCAGCUUCUAAAUUUAGCCUGCAACAGCACAUUUACUGGUAGUAUACUUAAAGAUGUAAUUAGUGCUGUACUUGGUGUUUUUCCCUUACCGGGGAUCCUUGCCUCAUACUUUAAAAUAAUUUCUUCUAUUCUAAGAAUUGCCUCUUCAGGUGGGCGGUAUAAAGCCUUUUUCACCUUUGGGUCUCACCUAGAAGUGGUGUGCUUAUUUUAUGGAACAGGACUUGGAGAGUAUUUUGGUUUAGUUUUGUCUCACUCUUCUGGAAGCAACGUGGUGGCCUCAUUAAUGUACACUGUGGUCACACCCAUGCUGAAUCCUUUCAUCUACAGUCUGAGGAAUCAGGACAUUAUCAGUUCCCUAAAAAGGCUCCACAUUUGUGUUGUUUAA